GUGACUUUGUAUCACAUGACAACGCCCCUGCUAGAGACACUUAGCUUGAGCUAACAAAAUGUCAGCCUUCCUACAGUGGAGGAAAUUUGUUUUCUUCGACAAAGAGGCCGUAAAAGACCCGGUGGACAAUGGAAAGAAUUUUGUGCUUCCAGCCGGAAUCUCAGCCUGUGACUCCGGGAGGGGACACAUUGUCCUCGGAGAUAUGGAUGGCAAAAUAUGGCUCAUGACCCGAUCCCUGCAGCUGACUUCUUUUCAGGCGUACAAGCUGCGCGUCACACAUAUUUACCAGCUGAAGCAGCACAGCAUCCUCGUGUCAGUGGGGCAGGAUGAACAGGGAAUAAACCCUCUAGUAAAAGUCUGGAAUUUGGACAAAAAGGACAGUGGAAAUCCUCUCUGCACACGUAUUUUUCCAGCAAUUCCUGGCAACAAACCCACUGAAGUGUCCUGUCUCAGCGUACAUGAAAACCUCAACUUUAUGGCUAUUGGCUUCACAGAUGGCAGUGUGGUUUUAACCAAAGGUGACAUCACCAGAGAUCGUCACAGUAAAACUCUGACUCUGCAUGAGGGCACCAGUCCAGUGACUGGCCUCGCCUUCCGCCAAGUGGCAAAAGUCACUAACUUGUUUGUUGCCACUUUAGAGAAAGUCUAUUGCUACACAUUGUCCAUUAAGGAGUACCCUAAAAUAGAGCUGGAUACACAUGGCUGUGCGCUGCACUGCUCUUCAUUGGCAGAUCCCUCCCAGGAUUCCCAGUUCAUUGUAGCUGGUGAUGAAUGUGUUUACCUGUAUCAACCAGACGAGCGCGGCCCCUGCUUUGCAUUUGAUGGACACAAGCUUCUUGCCCACUGGCAUCGUGGAUAUCUGUUUUUACUCAUAAGGGAUACAAAGUCACCCAACAAGUCUGCAUUCGGCAGCAGGGAGAGCUCACCAUCUGAGAAACAACUUCUGACCAUCUAUGACCUGGACAACAAGUUCAUUGCAUACAGCGCCUCUUUGGAUGAUGUCAUCGACGUGGUGGCAGAGUGGGGCUCCUUCUACAUUCUGACCAGAGAUGGAAAAAUGUUUGUUCUUCAGGAAAAAGACACACAAACCAAACUGGAAAUGUUGUUCAAAAAGAAUCUGUUUGUAAUGGCCAUCAACCUGGCUAAGAGCCAGCACCUGGACAGUGAUGGGCUCUCGGAGAUCUUUAGACAGUAUGGUGACCAUCUCUACCUUAAAGGAGACCAUGACGGUGCCAUACAGCAGUACAUUCGCACCAUUGGCAAACUGGAGCCGUCAUAUGUCAUCAGAAAAUUCCUGGAUGCACAGAGGAUUCACAAUUUGACAGCGUAUUUGCAGGCCCUACACAGACAGUCGCUGGCUAACGCAGACCACACCACUCUGCUACUCAACUGCUACACCAAACUGAAGGACAGCUCCAAGCUGGAGGAGUUCAUCAAGAGUAGUGAAAGUGAGGUUCACUUUGAUGUUGAGAUCGCCAUCAAGGUUCUUAGGCAGGCAGGCUACCACAGCCAUGCAGUUUUUUUGGCUGAGAAACACAUGCACCAUGAGUGGUACCUGAAGAUCCAGCUCGAAGACCUGAAGAACUACCAAGAAGGGUUGCGUUACAUCGGCCGUCUGCCUUUUGAACAAGCCGAAUGCACCAUGAAGCAUUAUGGCAAGACUCUGAUGCACAAUGUCCCUGAAGGUACCACGCUGCUCCUUAAAGGCCUGUGCACUAACUACCAACCGAGCGGAGAAAAAGACAGCGAAGAGAGGAGGCGGGUCAAUAAGGCCAACUCAGAGGAGUUUAUCCCCAUUUUCACAAACAACCGUCGGGAGCUAAAGGCCUUCCUGGAGCACAUGAUCGAGGUGGAUCCACGUUCUCCCCAGGGUGUGUACGACACACUGCUGGAGCUCCGGCUUCAAGACUGGGCCCAUGAACAGGAUUUAGAGAGGAAGAAGGUCCUGCAGGGUGAAGCACUGUCUCUGCUGAGGAGUGACAACACUGUCUUUGAUAAAGCCUUGGUCCUUUGCCAGAUGCAUAACUUUAAAGAAGGUGUCCUCUACCUUUAUGAGAAGGGAAAGCUGUACCAGCAGAUCAUGCACUACCACAUGCAGAAUGAAGAGUAUGGAAAAGUGGUUGAAGCCUGUAAACGUUAUGGAGACCAGGAGAGUUGUCUGUGGGAGCAGGCACUGGGAUACUUUGCCAGGAAAGAGGAAGACUGUAAGGCCUACAUCAGCGAGGUCCUGCAUCACAUUGACCAGAACAACCUGAUGCCACCUUUACUGGUGGUACAGACACUGGCACACAACUCAACAGCCACGCUCUCCGUCAUCAAAGACUACCUCAUCAGCAAGUUACAGAGGGAGAGCCAGCAGAUAGAGGACGAUGAACGCAAAAUCAGACAGUACCGUGAGGACACAGCUAACCUUCGCUCUGAGAUUCAAGAGCUCAAAACCAGUGCCAAGAUCUUCCAGAAGACCAAGUGCAACAUGUGCAACAGUCCCCUGGAACUGCCGUCUGUCCAUUUCCUGUGCAAUCACUCCUUCCACCAGCACUGCUUUGAAAGCUACGCAGAGAGUGAGGCUGAGUGUCCGACCUGUACACCAGAAAACAGAAAGGUCAUGGACAUGCUGCGUGCACAGGACCAGAAGCGUGAUCUACACGACCACUUCAACAGACAGUUACGCAGCUCUAAUGAUGGGUUCUCUGUGGUGGCUGACUACUUUGGUCGAGGGGUUUUUAACAAACUGACUCUGGUCACUGACCUACCCGGAAACAAAUCAGUUGGGAGUCUUGAGGGGAACCUUCAGAGAGACCUUCUCAUCCACACCAAGAGGCACAGCUAGAGACAUGUCAUCACUGAGUCCUGCCUACACAGGACCGUUGUGUUCAGCUUUAACACCAUCCUUCACUGCCUUUUCUUUGGAAGUGAAUGUGUUUACCGGCUUUGAGUACCUGUUAGCACAACUAGGUCAAAAGUCAAGCAUUGUGACUCCCUGCAGACUAUAAAUAUAGAUACAUAUGAAUCACAUAGAAAAGCAUCUUAAACUCAAUGCUAAGGCACAAAAUGGAGAAUGUUGCUUCAGCAUAUGUUUAGUCAUUGGAUCUAUCAUGACAAAAAAUCUUAAUCGUCUGCCGUAUGCUGUUCGUCUGACUUAAAGAAUAAACCCUGAAAUAAAUGAUA